CUGGUGACAAUCUGAAUCUCUAAAGGACUGUCCUGUUCUGUUGAGUUUUGUGAUGCAGAAAAAUACAAAGCAGCAGAAAGGCAGAUCAAAAAGGGACAAUGCAAAGGACCCUGAAGGCAGACUUAAGUUUGGUAUUUAAUAUUUCAGUCUGGAGCCUUUUUCUAAUUUGGAGACAGUUACAAGAGGCAAGCAAACCUUUAAAGCCAAGAUGCAUGUCUCCCCGAAUUCCUCUGUGGGUUUGUUUUAUAGACUGAGCAGAGAGGGAUCUGGCUCCAAAAAAGGCGAAGAAGAAGACAGAAGGAGGUGGCUCCAAUGUAUUCUCCAUGUUUGAUCAAACACAGAUUCAGGAGUUUAAAGAGGCUUUUACCAUCAUGGAUCAGAACAGAGAUGGCUUUAUUGACAAAGCAGACCUGAGAGAUACGUUUGCAGCGCUAGGUCGCUUGAAUGUCAAGAAUGAAGAGCUAGAAGAUAUGGUGAAGGAGGCACCAGGCCCCAUUAACUUCACUGUCUUCCUUACCAUGUUUGGUGAAAAACUGAAAGGCACAGACCCAGAAGAGACCAUUCUGAAUGCUUUUAAGAUUUUUGACCCAGAUGGAAAAGGCCACAUAAAGGCAGACUACAUCAAAGAAAUGCUUAUGACACAAGCAGACCGUUUCAGUAAAGAAGAGGUCGGCCAGAUGUUUUCUGCUUUUCCCCCAGAUGUGUCUGGUAAUCUUGAUUAUAAGAACCUCUGUUAUGUUAUCACCCAUGGUGAGGAGAAGGACUAAAGGAGAUGAGCCUUUCCUAUGAAGAGACCUAACAGCUAACUUAGUUUGUGGCGCUUUUGUAUGGAAGACAAAGGGCUAAACAUUCAACAUGUGAAGCCAUAUGGGCAUCAGAAGAGAACCAAUAAAACAACUGAAAUUAGAUUAAAGUUAUUUAAUGCUCCUGUUUUUAUAAAAGCUGAAAAUACUAAUUUUGUGAGUUUUUUCCCCAUCUUUUUUUUCCCUGUCAGUGGUUUGAAAUGGAAUUUUCUUGAUGAACUGGUGCUUUCAUGAUUUAUUGACAGUUCUAAUGUUCACCAGAUGGUCCAUUGGGCACUGUGGUAUUGCUUAACCUCUUGUCUUUUAUAUAUUUGCUCCCUGAGCUAAUUGAGAAAUGCUCUAGCUUCCAGCAUCAGAAAAAACAUUUUGUAAAUAGAAUUCUGUUCCAUUUCACAGCUCCUAACAUCAAAUGUGUAAAUAAAAAAAAAAAAACAUUUUCGUGAAAA